CUGGCCGCCAGUUCAUACCCGCACUCGCUGUUGCCCAGUCCGUCUCGUCCUGCCUUGAGUGUGAGUCGCGAGGCCCAGUGACUGCCAGUGAGAGUGACUCGGCGCGGUCACUGCACAGUCUUGAGUUCGUGAGCUGCCGUGACCGAGAUGGACGGCGCUGGUGCUGUGUACCAGCAGAUGGUGCACGCCUUCACUGACGCCUACACCACCGCCCUCUACACCGCCCGCCCGCCCACGCCUGACAGCGAUUACGGAUCUCUCAGCCCUGCUUCAACGCCUCCUCCGAGUCCCACUCGCCUGUGUCCCCCGACCCUCGCUCCCACCCUCUCCCCCACAACCCCGAGUGACGCCUGGGAGCCCUUCACCAUGGCCCAGCAGGCAACCCUCCAGACCUCCGCCUCCCCGGUCGUCACGUAUCCGGAGUAUACGCAGUUGUACACGGCGGCGGCAACCACCGGUAUCUUCGCCAAGCCCGGGACGCCUACCAAGACCGUGGCGGGAGUGGGCCAGCGCGCCUCCGUCACUCAGCACCAGUCAAAGGCUGACAGCUACCGGGUGUCCGCCUAUCAGAUCGGCAGGAGCCUAACCCCUGGCAAGACCUCCGCGUCAGUGCCUCUAGGCGCCAUUGAGAACAAACGGGAGCAGCAGCGCCUUGGUGGAUCACCGGUGAACCAAAACCCGUGCAAAACUCAAAAGGGGCCGCGUGGCAGCAGUCGAUGCGGCGUGAGGAAACAGCGGACGGGUCGUGACGUGACGGACGGUGUGAGGAAGAAGAGGAGACUCGCCGCCAACGCCAGGGAGCGCCGCAGAAUGGACAACCUGAACAAGGCUUUCGACAGACUGCGGUCCGUGCUGCCGCAGCUGUGCGACGACCGGAAGCUGUCCAAGUACGACACGCUUCAGAUGGCGCAGACCUACAUCACCACGCUCGCAGAUCUCCUCAUAUAGUGUCGGUAAUCUCUUCGGCAGGACAAGAGUUUACACGAGCAGCUUCUGCGACAUGAGAGCCGCGUCUCCGCCCCGCCACGCGCCCUGCCAGCCCUCCAGACUCCCGUGUAAGGUGAUGGUGCAGGUGAUGGAGUCGUGUCUUCCUUCGGGCGUCAGCGCCGUGAGGAUGGACGGGGCAGGAGGUCCUGUGCACAGUGCAGGAUUUCUAGAGGGCAGAUUGGGUCAGGCGCCUCUGGGUCCCUGGCCGGGCAGUGUCCUCGGUGUCUGUGUCAAGCCGCUGAAAAUGGGCAUUGUUAGACAUUUGUGUGGGGUAAACUUAUCAUGUGGAUCUCAGAGACUGGAUGGAUGGAGUGGGCGUCCUGGUGGGCGUGGGAAAGCGAGCGCCGCCUGUCGCGUCGCCGCGUUUUGCGGGUGAGCUAUGACGUGCCUCGCCGAGGAGCAACACGAGGCUGUCAAACGCCUGCACGUGGAAGAAAAAGGUGCCAAAUUCCCGGAGUCAGCCCACCGUGUCGAGCUGAAGGCAGCGUGAGCCCAAACAAAGACAGCAUCACAGUAUUACAGUUAUGUAGAGCCAAUGUUAAAAGAAAGAGUAAUGUUUAUAUUCUAUCUAGUCAGUGUGUCCCAUGUAAACUUUAAGAUGUAAAUAAAAGUGUGUGCAAAAUAUUAA